AUGAAGGUGAAAGUCAUAUCCCGUUCCACGGAGGAGUUCACGCGAGAGCGCAGUCAGGAUCUCCAGGUGAAAUCCUGCCCACAUUUUGUUGACCAGAAGCAGGGGGUAUCAUUGUAAAGUUGGGAGGGCUGGUACUUCUUUGAUUUAAAGGGGGGACUAAUAGAGCUAAUCGUCGGCAGAAGGGCCAUGCUUCGUGGGUUUACUGAUCACAGUGGAACGAGUACCCUCACAUUUGGAAGUUUAUGGGAAUAGAACUCGAAUCCGAAAUGAAGUGUAGAGAAAUUACACAAUUGUUCCUCACCAAGUUUUUGGCUAAUUGUAUAUAUUUUUUAGGAUUAUUUUUAUUUUAUUCUUCAGUGGUCUCAUCUGAAACUAAAACAAUUAUUUUGAGUAGAGAGUGUUUAGGAACUAUGAUCCAGCUUUACGCCCUCAGGAGAAAGCGGUAGAAUAUGCCCGAGCCGUCAAUGCUGCAAAGUUGGAGAAGGUUCUUCUCUUUCUAUUCUUAUUUAUCCAUUUUUGCUUUCAUAAUCAUUUUCCCUGAAACAUCGAAACGACACUAUUUUAGAUUUUUGCAAGGCCUUUUGUUGGCGCAAUGGAUGGACACGCUGAUGGAGUAUCGUGUAUGGCAAAGAACCCUAAUCACCUGAAAGGCAUAUUUUCAGCCUCAAUGGAUGGAGGUGACUAUGAAGUGUGGAAUCAUGUGACUAUAAGGCUCUUUAGUCAGUAGAAUGUUUUCAGUUUGUAUGGGGAUCAUCAAUUUUAGAAAACCUUCUUUUUUAGCUUUAAUCUCUAUGUUUUGUGUCUUCUUUUUUUAUUCAGAAACAAGUUACUCUGGUUAGUUCUUAUUCAGUGAGAACAUACAUGUUAAACCUGUUAUUACGUUGCCUUGUCUGUCUGUAAUAUAUUCAUGACUUGAUAAGUAUUAGUCGUUUGAAAUUUGUUAAUUAUUUAUUCCAUUUUACUCUUUUAAAUCGUUCUUGAUGGCACAACUUAUUUUUACAAUUGAAAAGAAUAAGCUGCAUCUGAUGGACAUGUUGGACUCUGAAGAGACUCAUGUAAACGCUACUGAAAAGUUUUAAAGUCCGUCUCUUUUGAAAACAUGGAAUUCAGUAGUGUUAACAAUAAGACUCUCCUAAAAAAAGUGUUGUCAAUGUUGAAACUCAUGGCAACUGCCAAAAAGUGUACAUGAUAUUUCGUCUCCCAUGAGUAUGCCCAUUCAGAUGAAGUGGAAGUGGCAAUUCAAACGAAGGUUUCCUUUUCGAACGAAGCAUAUUUUUCCAGAGAAGAAUAAAUGCAGGAAUUCAAUGUCGUUCUAUUAUUUUCUUUGGUGAAGGAGAAAAUGUGUACUCUGCCCUGGGUUAACCAUGCUGUUUAUAAUGAUGACCAUAUGUUCUGAGGGGGUCACGUAGUAUGACUAAGAGGCUGUGGUCUCCUUACCCUUCUGCCUAAAAGAAAUAUGAAGCUGAUGGAUGCAUGUGGAUCGGUGAACUCAUUGUUUGGUGUAUUGGGUGGUUAGUGGACACAUAUAUUCAUUUUUUUGACUGUAUAAAAAUAUUUCAUGCACAUGCAUCUUGGAAAGAUGUCUGGUAAGAAAAAUCAAAGCAGAUAGAGGGCAUCACUUUCAUCCACCAAUCCUUGAAGAAAUGGUAAUAAUAAGAUGUAUGUAGGCAUCAUUUGAAGAAGGAUUGUGAUGGUGCGACGGUGUUUUAUAUUAGGGAUGUUAAAGCAGGUGAUUUUUUUAGAAUGGAACUUGGAUCAUAUUAGUAUGACGGUUAUUGCUACUUCUUGGUCUCCUUUCUAUUUUCUCAUCUAUGGUUGUACAUUUCGAGUUUAAAUCAAAAAUUUGUAGACGGCCCACUUUUAUCAGAGCGGAUGGAUUUGCAACUUGUCUCUUAAUUUUGUGCGCAUCAUCUAUUUAGCUGGACCUACAUAUACAGGACUAAGCCAUCGUUGAUUAAGAUAAUACUUUUCGAUUAAUUAGCAUAGCAUAUAGUCUUUGGGAACCCCAAUUUGGUUCUUCCAUCAGUAUUAAACUGGUUUUGUUGAUGUAAGAACUUGUGUGCUUUAUCUUUUUAUUUCAUGGCUUUGAGAUUCACUGCUCCGGAUCAAUUAUAAACCUUGAAUCUGCCCCCUAUUAAACCACUAUUCUUGUUGCUAAAAUUGUUCUCUGGCUUCUCAAACGUUUCCUGAUCAUUUGGGUUUUUUUACAGAUAUUCGCCUUUGGGACAUGGCUUCCAGGUAGCAUAUGAAAUCUGGGAAUUUUAGUUUCUUUUGUUAUUGAUUUGACCGAUUGACUUAGGGGAUCUUUCUCAUCGCUUAGAAAUGUUCUUAGGCUAUGACAUGAUGCUCCUUUGCGGCUCAUGAAAUUCCACAUGGAUUCUUUCCAUAUUUCUUUUUGAUAAAGGCUUCGCUUGUCAGUUCUAUCUUAUAUUUGCCCAAAUCUCUUAUGCUAUGGUGUGGAUUCAUUGCUGCUCUUUGGAUUCUCCUUAUGAAAACAGGCGCACUGUUUGUCAGUACCCUGGUCACAAAGGUGCUGUGCGUGGAUUGACCGUAUCUACAGAUGGGACCAUUCUUAUAUCCUGUGGUACUGAUUGCACGUGAGUUCCUGGCUAUAUGCUCGUUGACCUACCUCUUCUGUGAAUUCUUUGGAUGUCAAUUUUAUUGUUUCUUUACUUUAAAUAUUUAUCCAUAUACACCAUUUUUAUAACUUUUCAUUGGUAGUCAUUUAAUUUUGCAUACACAUCUUAUAAUUGGAUAAUCUAAAAUACUUUUCAUUUUCAUCACGGGUUGCAAUUUUCUUUGCAGCGUCAGACUGUGGAGUGUUCCCAUAGCAGGAGCUGGGGAGUCUGAGGAUUCAUCCAGAAAUGUCUCAAAAGUGUGUAUAUUCAGUCAUAAUAUGCCAUGUAGAUAAUAUCUCAUGUUUUCAUGGACAUUAAAAGAUGUUUUUUUUCAAAUUUUCAGCCUUUGAUAGUUUAUGCGUGGAAGCAUGCCUUCUGGUGAGCUUCGAAGUUUCUUUUCAACCAAACGUAGUUAUUGUCUUUGCAAUGGCAUCAUGCAAGGUCUGCUAUGAUCUAGUUUUGUCAUGUCAGAAAAAAAAAACUUGUGCUUUUCUACUUCAAUAUUUUCAGGGCAGUUGAUCAUCAGUGGAAUGGUAAUGUUUUUGCCACGGCUGGUGCUCAAGUUGAUAUAUGGGACCACAACAGGUUUUUUCGCUUACCUUAUAUUUGAAUGAAAAUGAUGAAUUCAUUAAGGUUAAUCUGUAUUUGACCCAGCAUUGCUUCAUGACUCCAAAUUAUACUCUACAAAAGGUCUGAACCGUUGAACACCUUUGGAUGGGGAAAUGAGACUUCUGUUUCAGUUCGAUUUAAUCCUGCAGAACCUAAUUUAUUGGCGACAUCAGCCAGGUAAGGACAUUGCACUAUUCAUGUAUAAAUCGUUUGUUCAUUUUUUCUAAAAGAUUUGACCUUCUUGGGAACAGUUGAAUCAGUGUAAAUCUCUUGCCCAUCAUGUGGUGAAGUCGUUUGAGAUAGCUGGCUGUAACGGGCAAGUAAUCAACACAUUUAUGUUUAUGAUAUUGAAAAUAUCUUUAUUAAAUAAUAACUAGUGUCAGUAAUCUUUAUAAGCCCAUACUCUAUAUUGAAACAUGUAUGAAAAAAGUUGACACCCAAGUAGAAGAGCCUAUGAGAACAUGGGACUUAGUUAUGACAAUCGACAUAGCAAGACUGAAUUGAUUGCUGGUGAGGUGGGAACACCUUUGACUCUAAAUAUGUUUUGAUCUGGCAACUUUCAGCUAAAAAAUGAACUGUAUCUUUCAAUCUACUUUAUCUGGUGACCCAAUAUAAACACUAGGUUCAGAAGUGAAUUGAUCCUCUAGGUAGAUAUGGUUCUAGUUAUAGUUCGAAUUGAGGACCAUUGGUUACUCAAGGUUCUAGUUGCUGCAUGGUGGUAGUAGAGUGACAAAUAGAAGCCACCAAUGAUGAAGAGGAAGUGUAAACAAGAGGAAUGAGAAUCGUCACCCUGAUCUCUCUCUUGAAGGUUUCAUAAGAGAAUCUAGAAGCCUGGGAUGUGUACAAAUUUUCCGUCCGUUAUGAUUUGUAGCAAUACACUAUUUUUUAUUAUUAAUACCCUUAUCAUAAAUGCCUACGAUUAUCUAGAGGAUUCAUGUCAUAAUUCGUGGUUCUCUUUGCUAAAUUCACAUACAUUGGAGAUAGCUCAUGGUGGAACCAUUUACUAUGGCUAGUGCUUGCGUGUAAAAGGUUGACAAAAUGUGAGCUAUCAAACAUUCUUUGGUGGUUCCUCCACCAUCAUUCCUGUGAGCUUGUGGAUUUUGGUGGUUCAUCAAUGGUUGGUUCGAAUGCACCCUAGAAUGUAGAGUUGCUUUCUAGAACCUCAUCUUCUCUGGUUCCAACUAGUCCCCAAGGAAAGCAGUGAAUGAAGUCGUGGUACAGUACAACAGUGUGAACCAGGAAUUUGUGGUGUAAUGUACAGCUUGAAGCUUUUGUUGAUUGUGACCUCUCUCCUUCACUCUUGGAAGAUUGUAGUGAGCAGGUGGAGCUGUCAUAUCCUCCAGAUAAAAGCUGCAUUUAAUCAAAUGCAUACGUUCAUAUACCAUGUGACCAAUGUCAAUGUCAAUCGCCAUCAAUGGUGAAGAUCCAUUUUUAGAGGACAUAAAAGCAUUUAAUCAGACAUAGAUAUCAUAUGAAUAUCGUACACAGUUCCUAUAAUAUGUUUUCUUGGGAAUAACUAAACAGACGAAUUGCACCAACGACUACAACCUAAACAGUACAUACAAAUGGGGCUCCCUGGUGUUUCUCCAAAAUUUAAGAAUCCUAGUGGAGGGUGAGGUUGAAAGCACAGACAAGGUUGAGUUUCAUCAUAAUAAAUAUGAGUUUUGAAUAGUUUCCCUCUUUGAUGUAGUGCCUUAACUGGCUCCAGAUAAAGUCCCAUGGCCUCAUUGGGAGGUGAAUAUAUUCAGUUGUCAGCUAACCACAUUCUACUUUACUUUUCCUCAAUGGGCUUCAUUUAUAUUCUUAUGGUGCUUGUACCCUCUUGGCCAUAUAUUUUUUCUUGCACUUUGUUUCUCGAGUACUGACUUUUGGAACAUACUAAGAUGGGCUCUCUAAGAAAAUUAUCCUAUCUUACUUUUUGAGAAAUUCAAUGAGCAAAUUAUUUCUUCUUGACUCCCCUUAUUUUGACAUUGUACUCCUGUUGUCUUAUUUAAUUUCAUUUUUUUUUUAAAUUCAUUUAGUUUCUUAGAAUGGCAGUCUACCAGAAUGUAACACCGCGUAUUUGCAGUGACCGGAGCAUAGUAAUUUAUGAUUUGCGUAUGUCUUCGCCAGCUAGAAAACUUAUUAUGAAGGUGAAGAAAUUGGCUCCUUGUCAUUUUUAUGUCACCAGAAUAUAACGUCGUGUCUUUGGUUCUAGCUAUUGCAUGAGAAAAAUGAUUCUUUCAAAUCGUGUUUAGGUUGAUAUCAACUCUUGAAGUAUAGUCAAAAUUACAUCAUAGAUCUUAUUAUAUUUAACAGCAAAGCACCAUAUGUAGCUUUACAGACAGAAGAUAACUACAAAUAAGAAAAAGAAACAGAAUUUAUCUCACAUCCUAUAUUAUAUCCAUGGGCUCUCAUAUAAUUUUAUUGUAUCACAUCGAUUGCUCAAGUUAUCACCUUGAAUUAGGUCCACGGUAAAAAUAUGGUUUGUUCCUUCGCACAUCCUCAAAAUGAUCUACUGGACUAUUUGCUCGUGCGAAGUUCUAAACCUGUGAAUUGAUUGAUCACACAAUUUUGACGAUUAUUGUUGAAAAUAAAUCGUAUUUCAUGAUCAAAACAGGAAAAAGAGAAUGUGUGCGAUUGUGAAAAGCUUGAACUGCUGAGAAAGAAACCUUUCUACAUUGAUAUGGUCUUACACCAGCAAGGGAUUAAACAGAUCAUGACGAAAAUAAAAACUAUCAGCCCAGCAACCCCCAGAAAGUAGAAUUUCCUCCGAAACAAAACCUCUACAACACAUUAAACUUCGCAGUACCCCACAGAAGUUACCUCUUACAUCACUGCCACCUUGUGGCCUCUUAGCUCCUGCUUAGGAGACGAGAACUUUUAACUGGCUUUGGCUCAGUUGGAAUUAUCAUUGGACAAGAGUCAGGAUCCACGGUUUACCCCUAAGCCUAGACCGCCACCCUCAGCUUAUUUUGUUGAGAACUUUUAUUUUGAUGUCAGAGGUGCCAUUGAGCUUUGUUAGAAGCCAUGCUAAUCUUUGUAGAAGAUUAUAUAUGGGAGAAUUAUAAAGAUUAUCUUAAAACAUGGAAAGAGGUUCUCUAUAUAUUUUUCCUCUUCUGUGUGAGAUGUAUUUUGCUAUUUCCUGAAUUUUUCGUCUCAUUCUCUUUGUUUUGUUGUUGGUGCAGACCAAAACUAAUUCUAUAGCCUGGAAUCCAAUGGAGCCAAUGAACUUCACAGCGGUAAGCACAUUAGAUAGAAUUGGACAUCAGUUAUUAUUGCGUUGAAAUCUUCACUGGAAUCAGCCAUUGGAAAUGAAAUGUUUCAUCAGUGGACAGUUAUCUUCAAUCUAAUUGCUGAUGGGUUGCAUCUUAGUGUUGGGGAGACUUCUGUGUGUCUUUACGAAGUAAAAUAACGUGGAAGUUUAUAUCUCGAAUCAAUUUAUAAGAAGUUCAUGAUUGAAUUAUGCCAUUCUUCUCCUGUCAGGCUUUGAAUGUAUGCAUUACUUUGCACAUUUAUUGGAUGUGUAUAAUAAAAACUUGCCUAAUAAACUUCACCUAUAAAUUUUAGUGAGGGAAAAGAGGGGAAUCAAAUGAAAAUAGUUCCUUGUUUUUCUGUUAAGUGUUUUUCCUAUUAAAUUCAGGCAAAUGAAGAUUGCAAUUGCUAUAGCUAUGAUGCUAGGAAACUGGAUGAAGCGAAGUGUGUACAUCAGGACCAUGUAUCUGCUGUGUGAGUGAUCUGAACUGUUCCUAUUUCUGGGAAGCUUUCCUUUGUAGAAAACUGAAAGUUUCAUCAAAAUUUACUUUUUCAGAAUGGACAUUGAUUAUUCUCCGACUGGCCGGGAAUUCGUAACUGGUUCUUAUGAUAGAACUGUGAGUAGUUGGGAUUGGGAACGUAAUUGGAUUUUUUUUCUUGUGUGGCGCUAGUUGAGCAUGAUAGAGAGCAUUCUUCUAGAAUAUUUGUUCAUUAACUUCGCUCAUUAAAAUACAAUAUUUCAGGUGAGAAUCUUCCAAUAUAAUGGAGGUCGCAGCAGGGAAAUUUACCACACCAAAAGAAUGCAAAGGUCUAUAUCAUAUUUUACAAUCAUAAAAUUUUCAUCUCCUUCUCAGCAUGGAUUUACCCUUGUGAAAUAUUCUGGACUGAUAUCGUAUCCAAUACUGCCCAUGGUCCGAAUGAUCUGAUUUCUUGAUGUCUUUCCCAUUUCUGUGUGGAGUUCUUAUUAUCAGUGUAUGAUUACAAAACACUUUGCCUUCGUCCAACCACUUGACCGGGUUAUAUUUUUAUAUGUAGGGUAUUUUGUGUCAAAUAUAGCUGUGAUGGGACAUAUCUUAUUUCCGGGAGUGAUGAUACCAAUCUUCGGUUGUGGAAAGCCAAAGCUUCAGAGCAACUAGGAGUUGUAAGCAUCUCCUCUAACUAUUCAUUCAUUUUCUCAGUGGGAAUUAGACCAACAUAACAGUUCCCACCCUUGACUGUUUAAAGAAAAUAUAGAAUUCAAAGGUGACCUACAGGUGGAUCAGUUCCUUUUGUGUGUUUUUAAUUUCGAAAAUGUAUGGAGGUCUUGCUGUGAUUUGUCAAUAUUCUUCACAUUUAAAUAGAAAAAUCUGUACCUGUUACGUGAGUGGCCUUUGGCAAAUGAAUAUAUUCACUUACACUGUAGGUCUCUGUUUUAUAAGUACGUGGGGACUGACGUAUGCCGUUAUUUAGUUCACCAACCUAUGAAUCUGGCUAUGGAAUAAAUAAAUUUCAUUCUUGUUUGAACGUCCCUUUGUAUUUAGCUAGAUCUUUAUUUGAACAAUCACACUUAUUUUAAUUCUCCAAUCUCAGAUUUUUAUUCUUCUCAGAUAUAGGAAAGCAUCAGUCUUUAUUCCUAAAAUCUAAAUGGAAUUCGGCAGACUUAUUUAUCUAGGCUCGUUUUUAAGACUAUUUUCUUCUGUAGCCAGUCUGGUACAAGGUUUUGAGUUUAUAUUUGGUGGCCCCAACAGCUUUCAUAAAGAUUUUUAAUGGACUGAGGACGGUCUCUGUUCUUUAUGACUGUAAUUUCAUCUUCUUUUCCCUCCAAAGUUGUCUUCUCUCUUCUUUUGAACCUUCAUUGUCUGAAUAAUUAUUCCAUUCUUUCUGAUAAUAUUUAUAGUACUACAAUAGAGUAUAUUUUUGUCAGUCUAUUGAUUAUGAGAGGAAAGGUUUCAUUAUCUUACCAACCAACCCUGUCGUGCUAGGUUCAUCUUAUUUAUGUUGUUGGAUAGCAUGAACCAUUUAAGCUUUUGUUCUGCAGGUUCUCCCGAGGGAACGCAAGAAGCAGGAGUAUCUUGACGCGGUCAAAGAUCGGUACAAGCACCUUCCUGAAGUAAAUCGCAUUGUUAGGUAAGCUCUCUUCCACAAUUAAGCACACGUUUACCAUAUAUUCAAAGAAAAAAGAUGGAGAGUGACAUUAGAAAAUGAGGAAAUAAGGGGAGUAAAAGAAGGAUCAGUCUCUUUAGUAACCUGUAGAGACCUGUCUGUCUGAAGUCCUUACAGAAAUAUGUUUAAAAUAACAUUUCUCCCGAAUUUGGAUCGAGCUAGGAACCAAAAAAACAAAAAUAUGGCACAACUGUUGAGAAAAUUGAGACAGAAGAAUUGGACUUUACAAGGGUUGUCUUACUUCUUGAGAACUAUUAAUCUAACGACUUUUAGACACCAUCUUCAAAUAUUGCGUCUUUUUCUUCCAGUUGAAACUUCCUCAUAGUGCCUGCUGCUAUCUAGAAAAGAAGAAAUAGCAGACUGGGAAAAGGAAAAGGGGGAAACGUGUAAAUUGUCAAUCUUUGAAUUUUUACUUAAGCGCUUAAAAGUGUUAUCUUGAGAGGAUAUAUGAUUUUGAUCAAUAAUUUGUAAUAAUAAUUUAUAAUAAGAAUUUAUUUAUUUAUAAAUGUUUUUGACGCAAUUUCUGUAAUGGCUUAGUUGAGUUUCAAAUAGUUUUUGAUGUUUCAUGGGAAGUCCGGUCGAGUCUUAAAUUUUUACUUGAAAACCUCAAGAGCAUUGGAGGACGCAGUCAUAAUACUAGCACGUGAAUGGCAUGUUUCUCGUGUCUGCGCAUACAAUUCAUGAAUGAUAUGCUUGAAGAUGAGGCUGAAAUCAGUCAGGAGAUUUACGGGGAAGUUUACAUUACUGUAAUCAUAAUACUAGCAUACUAAUGAUGUUCUCAUCAGGCUUGUGAAUGAGCUCGGCCCUUGUCUCCACUAGUGGCACACCCCAUGCUUUUUUUCACACAUUACACAGACUUGGUUGGCCAGAUAAUCUAGACCCCCGCCCCACACAAUUUCUCAUUAUGAACAUAUAUAUAUAUAUAUAUAUAUAUAUAUAUGUGUGUGUGUGUGUGUGUGACCAUGAGAGAGGGAGAGAGAAGCUGCCAUAUGGAUGGUUGUGAGACAGCCAUAUGGGAAGAGAUAGUGGGCUCAAUCCAGUCCCACAAACGAGACCGGAGAUACUCCAGGCCGAGAUUGGGAAAACUGGGUUGAAUCAUAAUACUCUUAAUCUUCUUCCAGUUGCUUAUGGUUAUGUUUUGUUCUUACUAAAAAGGUUAUUGGUUGCCUUAAUCGAAGAACAGUUAAGAUCGCUGGAGGCCCUUCCAUUGAGACUCUUGACUCUUUCCAUCGUGUUAAUACACAAAACUCUCUUUUUUGCUCCCUACAGGCAUAGGCAUCUGCCCAAACCGAUAUACAAGGCUGCCAAUCUGAGGCGCACAAUCAUCGAGGCAGAGAGGACCAAAGAGAAGAGGAGGAAGGCCCACAGUGCCCCCGGGAGCAUCUCUGCCCAGUCAUACCGCAAGAGAAGGAUCAUCAGAGAAGUAGAAUGA